CUAGCGGAAGCGGAAGUGUUCUUCGUCACUUCCGUGCUUUUUCUAUUUAGAGCUUUGGCGGGCACACGUGCUGCCCGCGAGUAAUUUUUUUUGUUGCCGCAGCCGCCCUUAGGUUGGACUGGUUGCUAUGAGUCUGCCUCUCAAUCCAAAGCCCUUCCUAAACGGGCUGACUGGGAAACCAGUGAUGGUGAAGCUGAAGUGGGGGAUGGAAUACAAAGGCUACCUCGUCUCCGUCGAUGGCUACAUGAACAUGCAGCUUGCAAAUACAGAAGAAUAUAUUGAUGGUGCAUUAUCUGGACACCUUGGUGAAGUUCUGAUAAGGUGCAAUAAUGUCCUUUAUAUAAGGGGUGUGGAAGAAGAAGAAGAAGAUGGAGAAAUGAGAGAAUAACUAUUUUUGGGGGGGGUGUUUUUUUUAACUGUGCUAAGAAAUUUAGUUGUCCCCUUUUGUUUGUUGGCUUUUUAAAGGUUUCAUCAAGUAACAUUUUUUAUGGCCAACAAAAUAAACAUUGUCAUUGAAUAAAAAUUACCACUAUGGAAGAAAAAUAAACAUACUAUUUCUGACAGUU